AUGCUCGUCGGCGUAUGGGACCAAGCUAACGAGACAUUUUCCCAGCUGGCAUGUAUGGAGAAGGCACUUGACAAAUUGUAUGGCAAGCUGAAGCAUGAGGCCAUAAAGAUAAAGAGGCAAGCCAAAGCAGUUGCCGAGCUUGAAACGCCUUUCGAGCGCAAUCUGCGAGAGGCGACAUCAAACAAAAGAUGGGGGUGCCCGAACAGCGUCUUGCAUGAACUUGCCAUUGAUUCGCAGACAUACAAGUGUCGGCAGAAAAUAAUGUCCCGCUGCUUCGAAAAUCUGAACGGGAAUCAAGACAAGUGGCGGCGAAUCUUGAAGACUUUGAUCUUGCUAGAGUAUUUGGUGAAGAACGCCGGGGACAACAUUGCCGAUGAGCUGCGUGGAGAACAAUUGACCUUUCGUCGCCUUGCCAACUUCCAGUGCAAGGACGAAGGCCAGGAUCGAGGCAGUGGCGUGCGAGAGAAGGCCGAAGCACUGGUCAAACUUCUCAACGACAAGGACCUCUUGAAGCUAGAGCGAGAGCAGGCUAAGCUGCACCACACCAAACUGACUGGUGGUGGACCGACAGCUAUCGUGGGUGGUCGGGGCAGCCAAUCGACCACUACAAAUUCGUCUGUCAGCUCGGUCCUGGGGGAUGCCUUGAACGAGCUCAGACCGGGAAACGACUCCCGCACCUUGUCAGCUUCUCAAGCUGCAGAGCUGGAGCGGCGCUUCAACAGGCUAAAAGAAGAGCAGCUUGCUGAAAGAGCUGCGCGUGAGCGUGGCUACAAGACAGAGGGACGCGCUACGUCAGAUGAAGCAGUUGGGCGUGCGGAGGCCGAAGAUGGGCCACCGGAUGGCCCGCGAGAAGACCGAUUUGGUUUAUUCGACCCGCGCUUCGCGCCACAGGAGGGCGACUCCGAUUCUGAUGGUAGUCCAGUCAGGCCUUCGAAUCGUCAGGCCGCACCGGAUGUUGAUUUAUUGGACCUGGACAUGGAAGCUGAUGCAAGGCCACCUCUUUCCAUGCCUGCAAGUGAUACCAUCUUGGAGGACAACUCCAGGGCCAGCGCAACUCCAGACUGGGCCAGCUUCACGGCGGCGCAGACCCCUUUUUGCGAAGAAGCUCCGGCUGCAGAACGUGGAGUGGACAUGGCGAGUCUCAUGGACCUCACUAGCUCCACACCCACACCGUCUGCACCGUCUGCCUCGCCUUUGAUUCCAAGUUUCACAGAAACUGGUUCUGCAUCCGCACCGGAUCCAUUUGAAGGCAUUGAGUUCAAGUCAGCUGUAGCCAGUCAACGCGUCUGA